AUGGCUGUGUUGGCUGUUUUUAUUUAUCUGAGAACCUUCAUGAACAAGCGGAGUAUGUGCGCGCUGCAAACAGUAGACGACCAUGAAAAUUAUGUGUAUGACCUGCCCCAGGCUCUUCCAGAGCCUCUUGACCAACACUUUGGCGGACCUCUAAGUUUCUACCAUAACCAGAACUUUUGCAUGUACCUUGGGAUUAGUGCGGACAAUGCUAGAGAAAAAUGCAUUAAUGGCUUUGAGUUCCUGUCUUUGCUUGAAUCAAUUCCUUUUGAUGAUGCUGGUUCAAAUAAUGGAUCUUUUGAGAAUUCAGUCGCUGAUGAGAGGUAUGUACUAAAGAAGAGGUUUGGUCGUGGAUCUUAUGGUGAAGUAUGGUUGGCUUUUAGUUGGAACUGUGAUCAAGGCUGAAACGCUACAGACCCAAAUAAUAUCUCUAUUGCUUAAUUUCAUGUAGGCCUUCAUAAUGAAAAUCUGUUCAUCUUGAAACGCAUUAUGGUGGAGAAAGGAGCCGCUGUUUAUUUAAGUGGUUUACGUGAAAAGUAUUUUGGAGAGGUUUUUCUCAAUGCAUCUAAUUAAAGAAAUGAUUCAAUGGCAGAUGAAUUAGGAAAUAGCUGGACUACUGAAAGCAUGUCUGGAAGCAAAUUUAGACUACACACUGAUUUCUAUGAAGAAGGUCUGAACCAUAUUGCUAGAUAUGUGUCUUUCGAGUCUCGAGCAAAUGAAAUAUGGCUGGUAUUUCGUUAUGAGGGCAUGUCUUUAUCAAAGCUUAUGUAUACUGUUGAAGAAGACACAAAUCCUGGUGAAGGGAGGGAUGAAAAAGUGAAGCAUGCGCAGAUCUUGCGUCCAUCAAAAUGGUGGCAUUGGUUAAAGACAACAAAUGAAGGACAGGAGCAAAUGUGCAGUCUUAUAUGGCAGCUGUUGAUGGCGUUGAAAUCGUGCCACGAUCGCAAUGUUACCCACAGAGAUAUUAAACCUGGUGACAUGGUUCUAUGCUAUGAAGAGCAAGACACCGGGAGAUGUAUGAAAGGAAUUCCACAUGGCAAAAAUUAUACCACCAAAAUGCGCAUUAUUGACGUUGGUAGUGCAAUGGACCCGUUUAAUUUGAAGCAUUUGUAUGGUUCCACAGGACCAUCCAGAGCUGAACAGACGAAUGAAUAUACUCCUCCUGAAGCAUUACUUCAUGCUAAUUGGUAUCAGAGGCCAACAAACACAACUUUGAAGUAUGAUAUGUGGAAUGUCGGUGUUGUGAUCUUAGGAUCACCAAAUGUUUUUGAGAUCUCUGGUUACACACGUGCUCUUUUAGAUCAGCAUCUUGAAGGAGGGAAUGAGGGCUUAAAGGAGCUAGCAUACAAACUGAGAUCACUGAUGGAGCUGUGUAUACUAAUACCUGGUAGUUUCUUACAGCAUCACCACACAGACCGAGCUGGAGCAUCACCAGCUUCCUGGAAAUGCUCAAAAGAAUUUUUCUCCAAGCAAAUAAAGAGUAAGGAUCCUCUUAAGUUGGGAUUUCCAAAUGCUUGGGCUUUGCGGCUGGUGCGCCAGCUUUUACUCUGGGAGCCUGAAGAAAGAUCGAGUGUGGAUGAUGCUUUGCGGCAUCCAUAUUUCCAGCAUCCUUCUCCCACAGAUUGA